AUGUUUCUGAGAAUAGCAUCCCAUUUCAUAAGACAACCUACAAUGAUUAAGCAAAUGACAAGACAAUUGACAUUUCUACCAAUGGCAACAAUACUCAAUAAUCAUAAAUUGUUGAUCCAUAAUUUAUCAUAGUUGCGAACUGAAUUCUUGCAAAUCGAAGAGCAGAAUGAUGAUGAUGAUUUAUUGUAAAUACUAUCUAUCAAUAAAGUAGAUAGAAAGAAGUCCCCGUACGUAGGACGAUCUCAAACUAUCUGAAUUGA